UCAAGAAAAACCCAAAACUUGAAGCAACUGAAAACCUCAAAGGUUCUUUCUGUUUCGUCCCAAAUUGAUUUCUAAGCGAUUUUACUUCAUUGGUUUCUCGUCAUUUUCGAUUUCCCAUUCGGAACGAUCCAACUCAGCGUCUCCCCUGGUGAGUUAAGUACUGAGUUCGAUCGAUUUUUAUCUACCUUCGAAAAUCAUUGCUUUAUUUGGAGUACCCAAUUGAGGAAACUGAAAGAUGGAUCAGUAGUUGAAUACCCAGUCGCCUAAAUCUUUUAAAUUAAUAUUAUAUGCAAUGUUUAUGAAACCUUAGGAGAAAAUUGAUAUAGAUAUUGGAGGUUUUCAUAUAUUUUGUGUGGUUUUGGUCAUGCAAUUAUCACCGGCCUCGGUUUCUUCAUCGAAACGGAGUGAUUUUGGGCAAAAAUCAGGUACUAGGCUUCGGAAGAAGCAUAAGAGAUUAGAUGCAAUAUGUGAGGAAGAGUAUAAUAGGAAACAUGGAGAAGGUAAUGAAGGGAAUGAUGGUGAUGGGUCAGGGAGUGUGGAUUUAGAGCUCCGUAGGAGCUCACGGGUUAGGAGGGCGCCGGUUAUAUUGGAUGUGUCACCUCCGCCUCCAAAGAAAAGGCGGAAGAUUGGGAAGAGUGGGACGUUUGGUCGGGGGGAGAAAAGGUUAGGGCGUGUGAAGGAGGAGGAGGAGGAGGAGGAGGAGGAUGGUUUGGAGAAGGAGGUGCAGACUCUAGGGAGUUGGAGGUCGAGGUUAAGGACAAGAAGGAAUGUGAAUAUUAAUGCAAAGGUGGAGGAGAGGGUUCUGCCGAAGAGGAGGAGGAAGCUUUUUGAGGAUAUAGUUGGGAAUGAGGAGGACGGAGAGGUGGAAGAAGAAGAGGAAGAAGAGGAGGAUGUCGAUUGUGGAGAAAUGAUGGUAGUGAAAUCCAAGAGGCGAGGGAGGGUAACCAGCAACUGUUCAGAUAGUGAAGAGAAGGUGGAGAUUUGUGGCAUGGGAGAAGAAAUGGAGGUGGAAAGCAGAAUAAAAAGAGAUGAGGUAGAGGAAGAUGCUGUUUUAGACAGUGAAAAGAGUCAUGGAAAUGAUAGGGAGGACAUGGUUGUGGAGCCUCCUACAGUUUUGGAGAGUGAAAUGAGUCAUGAAAAUGAGAGGGAGAGGAUGGAUGGCUAUGUGGUUGAGCUGGUUAAAGAGGAUGACAGAGAACUAUCAAAUUGUAUACAAUCAGAGGCUGGCAUUGGCCAUGAAAAGGUUGAAAAAACUGAAACAAUUGAAACAGUGGAGCUGAGUGAAGAACAAGUGCAACAUUUAGAAUGUCAGAAUGAAGAAGCAAAUGAAGAGGAUGUUGUAGAAGUAGAUAAUGAGGCAGAGGAAGUUGAAGAUGGUGGUGUUCAUGAUGCAAAAGAUGAUGGAUUGGUGAAAGUUGACGAAAAACCUUCAGAACAUAAGAAUGAUAUAACAGUAGACCAGUCAAAUAAAGCAGCUGCUGAAGCAAUUGGCAAGCCACGUAUAAAACAGGGGAGAAGGUGUGGAUUGUGUGGUGGUGGGACUGAUGGCAAACCCCCAAAGAAGUUGGUUCAGGAUGUAGGUGAUAGUGAAAAUGAAGCAUACAGCUCUUCAGCUUCAGAGGAACCAAACUAUGACAUUUGGGAUGGGUUUGGUGACGAAUCUGGGUGGCUUGGUCGUCUCCUUGGUCCUAUAAAUGAUCGUUAUGGUAUUGCUGGAAUUUGGGUUCAUCAACACUGUGCUGUAUGGAGUCCUGAGGUUUAUUUUGCCGGCUUGGGAUGCUUAAAAAAUGUUAGGGCAGCACUUUGUAGAGGAAGAGCAUUAAAAUGCAGCCGAUGUGGGAGGCCAGGAGCAACAAUUGGAUGUCGUGUUGAUCGGUGUCCGAAGACAUACCACUUGCCUUGUGCCAGAGCUAAUGGCUGUAUAUUUGAUCAUCGCAAAUUUCUCAUAGCCUGCACUGAUCAUCGGCAUCUCUUCCAACCUCCUGGUAUUCAAUAUUUAGCCCGGAUAAAGAAAUUGAAAGCUAAGAAAAUGAAGUUGGAAAUGAGGAAAGUAUCAAAUGAUGCAUGGCGAAAGGAUAUUGAAGCUGAAGAAAAAUGGUUGGAGCAUUGUGGUGAGGAUGAAGAGUUCUUGAAACGUGAGGGCAAGAGACUUCAUCGAGAUUUGUUAAGAAUAGCACCUGUCUAUAUUGGAGGCUCAGAGUCUGAGAGUGGGAAAUCAUUUGAGGGAUGGGAAUCUGUUGCUGGCUUGCAGGAUGUUAUCCAAUGCAUGAAGGAAGUUGUCAUCUUACCACUGUUGUAUCCUGAGUUCUUUGACAAUCUGGGCCUUACACCUCCCAGAGGUGUUCUUUUGCAUGGCUAUCCAGGAACAGGCAAAACUCUUGUGGUGCGAGCAUUGAUUGGUUCUUGUGCUCGUGGCGAUAAGCGGAUUGCAUAUUUUGCCCGCAAAGGUGCUGACUGCUUAGGAAAAUAUGUUGGUGAUGCUGAGCGUCAGCUGAGGCUCUUGUUCCAGGUUGCUGAGAGAUGCCAACCUUCUAUAAUAUUCUUUGAUGAGAUAGAUGGCUUAGCACCUCGACGGACAAGGCAGCAAGAUCAGACACAUAGUUCUGUUGUGUCCACUUUGCUUGCUCUGUUGGAUGGUUUGAAGUCCCGAGGUUCAGUGGUGGUGAUAGGUGCAACUAAUCGCCCUGAUGCUGUUGAUCCUGCAUUGAGGAGGCCUGGGAGAUUUGAUCGAGAGAUUUAUUUUCCACUGCCAUCAUUGGAGGACAGGGCUGCAAUCCUUGAACUUCAUACUCAAAAAUGGCCAAAACCAGUUGCUGGAUCUUUGCUCAAAUGGGUUGCAAGAAAGACUAUAGGGUUUGCUGGUGCAGAUUUGCAGGCUCUUUGUACUCAAGCAGCUGUUGUUGCUUUGAAGAGGAGUUUUCCUUUGCAGGAAAUUUUGUCUGCUGCUGAAGAGAAAACUCCUAGUGCUAAACGUGUUCCUCUUCCUACUGUCACAGUUGAGGAGCGGGAUUGGUUGGAGGCUUUGUCAUGUUCCCCACCUCCUUGCUCACGUAGAGAAGCAGGAAUGGCUGCUCAUGAUUUAGUUGCCUCUCCUCUUCCUACCCAUCUCAUCCCUUGUCUGUUGGAACCAUUAUCCACCUUGCUUGUUUCUCUUCAUUUGGAUGAACGCCUCUGGCUGCCACCCCUUCUUUCUAAAGGUGGGGCAGUGAUUGAAAGCGUGAUUGUUUCCACUUUGGAUGACAAAAGACUGCCCAAGGAUCAUUGGUGGUCCCAUGUUCAUGACCUUCUUCAAGAAGCAGAGGUUACUAAGGAGAUAGAGAGAAGGUUAUCACGUGCUGGAAUGUUAAUAGGAGAGACUAGCUUUGCUGAUUAUGAUGCCUUCAUAGGUGAUAUUAGUGAUGAUGGUGUCAAGUUUGAACCUUCAAAAUUGCGUAAUGGCAGCACAUGCUCUAGUUUGUCACGGAAUACCUAUUUUACUUCAACAAAGAAAACAGGGUUUCGGAUAUUAAUUGCUGGAAGUCCUAGGUCAGGCCAAAAGCAUCUUGCUUCUUGUCUUCUUCACUGUUUAGUUGGGAAUGUUGAAAUACAGAAAGUUGAUUUAGCUACAAUUGCACAAGAAGGACAGGGUGACUUGAUUCAGGGAGUAACUCAGAUUUUAAUGAAAUGUGCAAGCAUGGGGUCAUGUGUGGUAUUUAUGCCAAGAAUAGAUUUGUGGGCUGUGGAGACUGUUAAUCAAGUUGCUGAGGAGAGUGAUUUGUCUUCAACAUUCCAUCAAUCUCCCAUGGAGGAAGAUCCUCUACCUGUUGAAAAGGAAAGUGGAUUCUCUCUGCAGCAAUCUGAGUUGGCGGAGACAACGGAGGCUAUCGCUGCUUUUCAAACCAUAUCACAUGCGUGGAGUUCAUUUGUUGAGCAAGUGGAAUCAAUCUGUGUGUCUACAUCCUUGAUAAUUCUGGCUACUUCAGAAGUUCCACAUCUGGAACUCCCUGAUAGAAUAAGGCAAUUCUUUAAGAGUGAUCUAACAAAUUGCAGUCAGAAAACUACAUUAGAGCACACAGUACCCAGAUUCUCUGUGCAUGUUGGCAGGAACUUUGACCAUGAUAUGGUUAUCAAACUAUCUGCUGCAGAGUUAUCAAGGGAUAUCCUUCAACUGUUUGUUCAUUUAAUUCAUCAAAGAUCUCAUGUUCAUGAAGAUUUCAGAACAAAAAAUUCCGCUGAAACCUAUGCAGCUGCAGAAAAUGACCAUAUAUCUCAUGGUUUGGCUUGUGAAGUGACGGUUGGAUCACAAUCUUGUGGUGAUUUGUCUGUUGCAGUGCCAGCAGCACCAACCAACAGUAGAAAUUUGAAGGGGAAAGCAAGCUUGAUGCUAGCAAUAUCUUCAUUUGGCUAUCAAAUUUUGCGAUAUCCUCACUUCGCAGAGCUUUGCUGGGUGACAUCAAAACUUAAAGAAGGUCCCUCUGCAGACAUAGGUGGUCCCUGGAAGGGCUGGCCAUUCAACUCAUGUAUCAUUCGUCCCACCGACUCAUUAGAAAAGGCAGCUGUUGCUUGUGGCUCCAGCAACAUCAAAAGCAAAGAGAAAUAUGGUUUGGUCAGAGGUCUGAUUGCUGUUGGUUUAUCAGCAUACAGAGGCUUGUACACAUCACUUAGAGAAGUUUCCUCUGAGGUACGGGAGGUUCUCGAGCUACUAGUUGGGUGGAUUAAUGCAAAAGUUAACACUGGAAAAAACAGAUACCUGUAUGUUCGUAUUUUAUCUCAAGUUGCUUAUCUGGAGGAUAUGGUUAACAGCUGGGCAUAUUCCCUGCAGAGUUUAGAUCAGGAUGCUCAAAUAAAAGCAGCAAGCCCCAAACCAUACACUUUGGGUUCUCCAGAUAAUCAUUUGACAUGUGUGAAUAAUCCAGAUCACGUUCAGGAAUUCAGGCCUGAUGUUUCUAACAGAGGUUGCCCUGAAUCUGAAGGUCUGGAUGCAAACACUAUGGAAUUCACCAUGCAAAAUACUGAUUUCAUUGACUUGAACAAAGAGGAUGAUGAUUGUGCUGCUAAUCAUGAGGGAAAAGUUGCACUUUUUGCAGAUGCUGCACAGGGGACAGGCCUAAUUGGUAAUACUACUUCAGAGGAGCAUCUUAAUUCGUCUGUGGCAAAUGAAUCACUUGUUCAUUUAGACAAGCAGAAUGGGACAAAUUCUGGACUUUGCGGGUCAGAAAGUACUAAAAAUCCUAUGGUUGAGGGACAGUUUGAUGUGCGAAAUAAAGACAGUAUUGACUUGAAUGAGACAGCUGGUGAUUGUGCUCCUAGUCAUGAGGGAAAAAUUGCUGCUGACCAAGAAGCUGUAGAGCUGGUAGGCCUCGAUGGUAGUACUACCUCCAUGGAGCAUCAUUGUUCUGUGGUCAGCCAACCAGUUGUUCAUGUUGUCGAGCAGAAUGGAACAAAUCCUGGACUGUGUCGGUCAGAAAGUACUGGAUAUCCUAUGGCUGAGGGAGAUCCUGGGUCCUCAAAACAAUCUAAUGGAUUUGCACCAAGUGAAUCUGUUUUGUCUGAGAAUGGAUUCUGUAGUUCAGAUGAAGUGGAUGGUACAAAGUUCCAUGUCACUGGGAACGGUUGCAACCAGAUUAAUGCUUCUGAAACAAAGAUUGUUAUCACAUCUGCAGAUGGCAAGCCCAAAGACUGUGAACAUAGAGAAGAUCCCUAUUUCUCUUCAAGAAAAACUGCUUUUCCAACUGAAUCAGGAGUUACAUGCAUGUAUCAGUGCUGUUCUGACUGCCUACAUAUGCUCCUUAUUUUGAUGCAAAAAGUUCUGCUUCAACAACCGAAAUCAGAUGGGGGCCAGUGGACAGUAGAUGAUGUUCAUGAUACAGUUGUAUCAAUGUCUGUGGAUCUUCUUUCAACGGUUAGGAAAGUUUAUGCUGCUGGAUAUAGCAGCAUUAAAUUUGAUGAAAACCUGAGAAUUGAAAAUCAUGGAAAAUUAUCCAAGUGUCAAGAGUGGAGCAAAUGUCUUUGCAAAAGCUCAGAAAAUAGUUUAGUUAUUCCGACAGAAUGUGGCUGUCACCCUGUAGGCACCACCUCUCCAAACAUCAAAUUCAUGUUUGAUCCAAAAUUUGUUUACAGAGAUGGAGUGAUGGUUCCCAUAGAUUCUAACAAAGAAGUUUCUUUUCACUGUAAAUUCAAGACGUUGUGCCUUUGUUCUCUUAUAGAGUCUAUAUUAAUGACAAAGCAGCCUUUCGAUUGAUUUUGGCUUUUACAGUAUCAAUUGUCUUGCUGUGGCAAGGUGAGUUUCUUUGGAGAGUUUAAAAAUCAAAUUUUGUUGGCUGAGCAUUUGCCAAGGCAGUAUCAUUUCUUCUUCCUGAGGCAUAGUAGAAUGGUAGAAUGGUCCUACUUUCUUUCCUACUCAAAACUGCUUCCCCAAGUUUUGGUUUCCUGGGUAGAAGCUAACCUAUAUACCAUGUAAAUAUCAUCCGAGGUUACUACACCUUUGAGUACUGUAAGUAUGCUUUCUUAUAGCCAUUAAAUAAAAUAUACCUCUGGAGGUUUGUCAUUCUGGUGCUUCUUGUCUU